GGCACACACACACACACACACACACAAUUUCUCUCCAUGUGCUUCUAGGAGCUCAUCAGCAGUAUUAAGAAGCAGAUACUCCCAGACCUAGCUAUGGCCUUUGAGGAACUUCUACAACAGGUUGGUGACUCUGGAAGGUUUCAGAUUUUCACUGCUGUUCUUUUACUAUUGUUAAACAUGCUGUCAGCCCAGCAUGACUUCCUGGAGAACUUUACAGCAGCCAUCCCUGCUCACCAUUGCUCUGUCCGCCUCCUCGAUCUCAAAUCAAAGUCCAACAUCACCACAAAUCUGACUACGGAAGUUCUGCUGAGGCUCUCCAUCCCCCUGGACCCAAACCAGAAGCCUGAGCAGUGUCGUCGCUUCCACCAGACCCAGUGGCAACUCCUAAGUCCCAAUGUGUCAGCCGUGAAUAACACCGAGCUGGAGACAGAGCCAUGCCUGGAUGGAUGGACCUAUGACCAAAGUGUCUUCACUUCAACCAUAGUUACUGAGUGGGACUUGGUAUGCGAUUUUCAAUCAUUCAAAUACUUUGCACAGACCAUCUCCCUAGCAGGGCAUUUGGUGGGCAAUCCUAUAUCUGGCAUCUUUGGUGACAAGUUUGGACGGAAACCAUUGUUGGUUGCUGCUGGCUUAAGUUUUGGAAUUUUGGGCUUUGCCUGUGCAUUUGCACCCUCCUUCUCUUUUUACUGCCUUUUGAGAUUCCUGAUGUCUGCCUGCUUGAGUGCCUUGCAAAACAGUAGCUUGGCCCUUCUUUUAGAAAAUACUUCACAAAAAUGGUUUCCUAUAAUUAUAACAAUGAAAGGAUUAUCUUUGAGUGCUAACCAAGCAUUACUUGCCGGACUGGCUUAUUUUAUCCGAGACUGGCACAAGCUCCAACUGGCCAACACCUUGCCCUACUUCAUUGUGUCUUUGUUUGUCUGUUGUGUCUCAGAAUCAGUCCCCUGGCUCAUGACAACUGGGAAAACAGAACAUGCCUUAAGAGAACUACAAAGAAUUGCCAGAAUCAAUGGGAAGAAAGAUGUUGCACAAAGUCUGACUACGAUGAUGCACAUUCUGCGCCUUAUUAUUUUUCUCUUUGAGAAAGCUUCCUAUUCAACCUUCAUUUCAUUAUGUACAGCUUUUAUUUCUGAGCUGUCACCAACAGUACUCAGGUCAACUCUACAAGGCUUUUAUAUGUUUACUUUCAAAUUAGCAGCAACUUGUGCUGCUUUAGCUCUUGUAACUAGAAAAUAUUUUGUCCAUCUUCCCACGAUUCUCUAUGCGGUCACUCCCAUGGUAGCCUCAAUAAGCCUCUACUUUCUCCCAGAGACCUAUAAUCUUCCACUUCCCAACACCAUCAAGGACCUGGAGAAAAGGGACAGAUUCUGGAUCAAGAGCAAUAGAAACAAACAAAGUAAAGAGCUUUUGGAAACUACUGAGGUCUAAGGAGUGUAAGAGUACU